AUGAACCCUAAAGAAUGGCAGAGCAUACUUGGUCUUCUUAAAUUAACACGGUAUACAAAAUAUGACCAUAGAUAUGGUAGACAAAUAAGAAAAUCAAGAUUGCAGACUUGUGUACUAAACUAUGUCUUUGAAAUUACUAGAUUUCCUUCAACUUCUACUAUAAUAGACUUGGCUUUAUUAAUUAAUAUUCACCCUAAAAGCAUACAGAAAUGGUUCCAGAACACAAGACAAACUGCAAAGAGGAAAGGCAAUGAGGAAGAAGACAAAUCAUAUGAGAAUAAUAUAGUAGAUUUACCAAUACCCACUUUAUAUAAUCUUAUGGAGAGAGCCAAGAAAAAUUGUUAG